GGUAACUCACGUAAACGAAUGGCGUCCAUGAUGAGCUUUUAAUCGUUUGAACGUCUGAUGAUUAAAUGCUAUAUCUAAAACCAGCAUGUAUGUUUGCAUAUUAAUGAAUGAUCGCAUUUAAACAGUCGAUAAGAUGGAUGAUGAGCCGUUUUCUACAACGCUUGCUUACACGAAAAGCCCUAAAACAUCCAGAAGAACAACUUUUCAGGAUGAGCUAAAGACAGCUGUGUCUGCUAGAGCCAACAGGCAUAGUUACUCUGAUGACUUUGAUGAUGAAGAUGGUAAAGUUGAUGAUGAUGAUGACAUACUCAACGAACUCCUUAAGAAGCAAAAACAGAAGAAGGAGAGAUUUAAAGCUGGAAAGACCAAAGGCAAAAUCAACGAUUUCAAGCUUUCGGGUGAUGAAGAGGAAAAUGUCAAACCCAAAAAAGUAUCUUUUCUGAAAACCAAAAGGACCAGCUCACCUGUGAACUCCGAACAGCUAAACUCCAUGAAAAGUGAAGAUGACCAGCAUAGUUCUGUCCAUUCGCAAAGCAAUUCUUACAAUCUGCAGUCGGAUUCCCCUUUUUCCUCUCUAUCUGACAAGUUCCUACCAGAGUCCGCGUUACCUUACGAACAGUCCAAAUCAGUCAUGCAUUCGAGGAACCAGACCGAAUCUGUGGUGAGGAAGAGCCUGACAGAAUCUCCACUGCUACUAAACUCUGAGAACAGCCAAUGGGAAUCCUGUCCAGAGCCAUUGCCUUCAGAAAAAGAUGAGGACAACCAAAGGAUUGGUGAAGAUAGUGAACCACCCGUUCCUCAACCCAGGGAGAGAAGCGUUAAACCAAAACUCUCCACAGGUUGUCCUGCUCAAGACAUGUCACCCAGACCCAAACCCAGGCAGAGGACAGUAUAUAUGUGUGACUUUGGUCAGUUAGAAGAGAAAACAUCAGCAGAGACCCCUGCCUACAGCAGAACAGCCACGUCUUCUAUGUCUAUAGCCCUCUCUUCUGAGAAGAGUCAAACCUCUGCCAGUGAUAGUGUUCUGGAUCCAGAAGAAGACCAGGCCAUGUCAGAGUUUUGUUCACCAGCAGAGAUAAUGUCUGAGGAUCCAGCCACUGUAGGCAGCGCUGCCUCAGAAGAGAGCAAAGAGAGAAAUUAUUCAACAUCCUUUGAAGAAAAGCAUGCAAGUCAGGAGAGUUUGCAGGGUGCCCUUGACCUUGAAAAAUCAGCAGACAGAAGCAUGCACCGAACAUUGAAACUCAUCGAUACAGAACAACAUCUUCUGGACAUUAGACCUUCAAGCUCUCGGUCAUCCAGUUCCAGAAAACACAAGAGCUCUUAUAAAGCAGAGUCGAAAUACCUGGGAGCGCUGAAGAUUUUGGACCAGAGGACAGAGGAGAGCCAACAGGUUCCAGAAGCAGCAGAUUCACUAAGAGCUGCUGUGUACCAGGAAUGGCUAAAAAAGAAAGAAGGAACUUUAAAAAUAACAAGGAGCGCAAAAAAGCAGGAAGAGAAAUUAAAAGAGGAGAAAGUGCAAGAAGACAAGCUUGCUAAAAUUGCAGAUGCAAAGGCCUCUUAUGAUGCCUGGAAAGAGAAAAAAAGUGAAGUCAUUAGAAUGAAAGUCAAAGAAAAACAGGAGGCAAUAAAGCAACAACAAAUGGAAAUGGAUAAAAAGCAAGAAAAAAAGGAAACGGCAAAACAGCAGGUUUUUGAGAAGUGGAAAGAGGAGCAUGAUAGCAUCCUUAAAGACAGGAUAAGAGAAAAGAAACAGACUGAGAGAAGACAGAAACUACAGCAGGCCAAAGAGAAACAAGAGAGGAAGAAGGACUCCAUUUCUGCUUUCGCUGAAUGGAGUGACCGAAAGAAGGAUGUUAUUGAAGAGAAGGUCAGGGCAGAACGCAGGAAGGAGAAGAUAAAGGAAGUGGAGGAGGAAUAUGAAAAGGAGGAAAAAGAAAAAAUGGCCUUGGAGAUGUAUGACAAAUGGCUGAAAAGAAAAGAGUUCCAACAAAAAAGAGAGAGAAAAGAGAAGAAGAUUCAGGCUAUUCUUCAGGAUGAGCCUCCUGCACCCUGGAGCCCACCGAAUAAAACAAUCCCUUUUGGAAAAUGAGCGUUAUUUCAAUGUUCUCUGAUAGAAUUACAUUUCAGAAUGACUCGAACUAAAUAAAUUCUUAACCCUAUAAAGCAAAUUUCUAAGGCCUUGAAAUUAUCAGCAUGAUCAAAACUUAACUGAAAAAAUGCACACAAUAUUCUACAUGCCUUCUGACAUCUGAUUGAUACUUGAUAUUAUUAUAUCUAUAUAUAGGCUUUUUAUUAUAAAUUUAAA